AGGUUGGAUGCAGAGACAGUUGCGAUCUUGACUCUUAAUUAUAUGAUGAUGGAUUUUGCUAAAGUUUUCCAAGUAUCAUUUUUAAUUAAAACUACUUAGGUUAUCAAAUAGAGAUAGCUACAGUGUAAAUACCAAUCUCUUCUGAUGAGAAUUUGAAAUGGUUGAUGAUAUAUGACCCAAAACAUUUAGAUAAAACUCCAACUAUAAUUACUCCUUAUUCAAUUACAUAUGGAGUUUUUAAGUUUAAAUCUGGAAUUUAUAGAUAUUUCAAGUAAUUGCCUUCCUAUGUAUUUGGCACAUAUUUGAUUGGAUUGAGAAUAACAAUUGAGCUUUUUAACGAUCUUCCAAUUAAUUGUGGUAUAUAGUUUAAGAUUAACAAUCAUUAUCAUGGAUCUAUUUAUAGGAAUAUUUCUGGAAUUCAAACUCAUAAUAUAAGAGUCUCUGCAUCAUAUAUUCACGGUUCGUAUCAACAAUAUUCCUAGACAACACAAUUAGAAUUAAUUUCAUUUAUUGACAUUCCAAAAUCGUAAUUUGUAUUCUCAGCAGUAGGAGAUUAUGAGUGA